UCCACCGAGAGCGAAAGAGAGAGAGAGCUCAAAGAAGCGGAAGGGGAAUCGGGGGAUUAGGAAGCUCGAUUCCCCAAGGAAUUGCUCCCCCAAGAACAAUCUGAGCUCUUCGGCCCGCAAUCCUACGAUCGUACAAUCUGAGCGGUUCGGCCUGCAAGAUUUUGCCUCUCCUGACGAAUUUGAUCUCGCUUUGCUCAUUCGAUAGAACCCCCGCAUAUUCAAAGAAAUGGCUUCUGAUGGUGCUCCAAGGCACUUGUGCCAGUUCUGUGGCACCAACUUUAAAGACACAGAUCAUUUGGUAGAGCAUGAGCGGCAGUGCAAGCACAAUCCUUAUGUGCACGUUCGAAUAGAAUCAUUAGGCGAUGUGUUAUUAAGCCAGCAUGAGAAAUUAGUUGCAAGUGUUAUAGCGAGUUUGAGGACUCGGCCACGCCCUAGAAGAGCUACACUUUCUGAUGAUGAGCCAGGCACUAGUAAUCCAGAUCAGGUGCUGAUGACAUGCUCCGACAAGAGUUCAUCAUCUUCUGUGGAAUCCUAUGGAGGUGAUGAGAGGAGGAGGGUCGAUGCUCUGGCAAGUAUUGCUCAGAUGCAACAGCAAAACAUGAAAGCUGGUAUCAAUAUUGAUGACCAGGAACAUCCCUCUGUGAUGUUCAGAGGAAUGGCUUCUGAUGGUCCUCAAGAGAACAGUCGGUGCAGUUUUUGUGACAAGCACUUCAAGGGUAGACGUUCUUGUGCAGAGCAUGAGCUGCGGUGCAAGAACAAUCCAGAUGCGCAUUCGCAUACGCAAAUUCAAUCUUCAGGCAAUGCUCAGGGUGGCAUCGAUGUUUUGAAUUUCCAUGUGCCAAGGAAAAGGCGAACAGCCAGAAUCCCAGUGCUGCCAGAACAACCUGUGAAGAAACCAGCUUCUGAUUAUGCUCAGGGUGGCAUCAAUGACAAUGAUGCACCGAGGACUCCACCCAGGCCAACAACGAGUGAAGUAAAUGCGGAUCCUUCUGUGAUUCAGAGGCAAAACAAUGAUCUCAGUGCCAUUGAUACAAAUUCAGACAAGCAGAAAGAGACCAUCAGUGGUGGUGUUGACACCAAUAUUCCUGACCACAAAGAUCCUUCUGUGAUGCAGAUGCAAAGCAAUCUGCCGCCUCAUAACAACAGCUCAGAUCACAAGGCACCGACCUGCAGUUUCAGCUCUACGGAUGAUCUCAAUGCCCAGGUUCCCGUUGAUGCAAAUUCAGAUAUGGAGAAGAAGACACAUGCAAUUCAGAUAAGAAGACGGACACAUUGAUCUCAAUAUAAAUAUUCCUGACUGAAAGAUCCUUCUGUGACACAUGCAAAACAAACUCGAUCUCAAUCUGGCACCUCGCAAUGACAGUUCGGCUCUAUGGAUGAUCUCAAAGCUCAGGCUCCCAUUUGUACCAAUUCAGAUAAGAAGAUGGACACCGUCAAUGCUGUUGUUGAUAUCAAUAUUCCUGACCACAAGGACAGUUUAGAUUCUAUAGUCUGAAAUGAAAAACUCCGUUUUUGUCUACUGACUGGUGUAUAGUUACAGGCUAUACUACUCAUACUAUCUUUUUGUUUCAUAAGCAACAAAUGUACAUACCUGUUCAGAAUGGUGAAGUCCAUAGUUCUGUAUUCAUUGUGCGCUUGCUUCCAUCAUGAAAUGGAUGAACAUUUUACUUCUGAUAGUGUUGGAAUUCUGAUGCAUUUUACU